GGACCUGCCCGCAAAGCACCGCCCCGGGACCAGCCCGCACGACUCCGCCCCGGGGCCGGCCCGGGAGCUCACGGCGGCCUCGGCCCCGCCCCCGGGCCGCGGCACCAGGACCCCCAGGGUUGAGCGCGGGUCCGGCCCUCGGGGGUCCGGGGCAGCGCCCGCGCCCAGGUGCCAGCCCGUGGGAAGGUGACCCACGGCGCCCGGAGGACCCGAGCUCCUUCCGGUCGGGAAACCGGGUGCUUCCGGCCGGAAGGGGCUCCCAGAGCCGAGCGGGGGAGAUCUGAAAGGAAGUCCCGCCUCUGCCGCGCCACCUACGCCGCGGACGCCGCCGCGUACCUGGCCGGGUCCCGCAGGGGCCCGGGGAGAUGAGGGCCUCGGUGUCCUGAGACCGCGGGUUUCGACCGUUCGAGGUGACAGAAGGAGAUCUGAAUCCAGAGCUGCCAUGAUUGAAGUGGUAGCUGAGUUGAGCCGGGGUCCUGUAUUUCUGGCGGGGGAGGCACUAGAGUGUGUGGUAACCGUCACCAAUCCCCUACCCCCUACAGCUACUUCUGCAUCCAGUGAGGCUCUGGCUUGGGCCAGUGCCCAGAUCCACUGCCAGUUCCAUGCCAGUGAGAGUCGAGUAGCACUGCCUCCCCCUGACUCUAGUCAGCCAGAUGUCCAGCCUGACAGCCAGACUGUCUUUCUGCCACACCGAGGUGAGAGAGGUCAGUGUAUUCUUUCUACUCCACCAAAAAUUCUAUUUUGUGACCUGAGGCUAGACCCUGGAGAGUCCAAAUCAUACUCCUACAGUGAAGUGCUGCCCAUAGAGGGACCACCCUCCUUUCGGGGUCAGUCGGUCAAGUACGUCUACAAACUGACUAUUGGCUGCCAGCGUGUCAACUCACCCAUCACUUUACUUAGGGUCCCUUUGAGGGUUCUUGUACUGACUGGCCUUCAAGAUGUUCGGUUUCCCCAGGAUGAGGCUGUUGCCCCAUCUAGUCCAUUCUUAGAGGAGGAUGAAGGUGGCAAGAAGGACUCAUGGCUUGCUGAACUGGCUGGGGAGCGCCUCAUGGCUGCCACAUCCUGCCGUAGCCUCCAUCUAUACAAUAUCAGUGACGGUCGAGGGAAAGUUGGGACAUUUGGCAUCUUCAAAUCUGUCUACAGACUUGGCGAGGACGUGGUGGGAACCUUAAACUUAGGGGAAGGAACUGUAGCUUGUUUGCAGUUUUCAGUAAGCUUACAGACCGAGGAGCGUGUACAGCCUGAGUACCAGCGACGCCGGGGGACAGGGGGUGCUCCCUCUGUGUCCCAUGUGACUCAUGCCCGGCACCAGGAGUCCUGCUUACAUACCACCAGAACCAGCUUCUCUCUCCCCAUCCCUCUCAGCUCUACCCCUGGCUUCUGUACUGCCAUUGUGUCCCUGAAGUGGCGAUUGCAUUUUGAAUUUGUAACAUCCCGAGAACCAGGAUUGGUACUCUUGCCCCCUGUGGAACAACCUGAACCUGCCACCUGGACAGGUCCUGAGCAAGUGCCCGUAGACACCUUCAGCUGGGACCUCCCCAUCAAGGUGCUGCCUACAAGCCCCACCUUGGCCUCAUAUGCUGCUCCAGGCCCCAGCACCAGCACCAUAACCAUCUGAAACUGGCCCAUCUGCCCACCAUGACACUAAUUUCUUCAAGAUUCUGAGAAUUUAGCAUGUGGACUCUAGUUGGAAUCCACUUUUUCCACCUGGAACCAAAUGGCAUAGACAGUGUGAAACAGGCUGGGCUGGGAGUGUAGCCCAGUGGUAGAGCAUUUGUCUAGCAUGUGUAAGGCCCUGGGUUCAAUCCCAGCACUGGGGGGGAAAAAAAGAGAGAGAGAGAGAGAGGGGCAGACUUUCAGCUGUAGCAUUAAUUUAUUUAUUCAGAAUAAAUUGGCAGCUGCUAGUGGUUUCCCUGGAAGUGGCAACAGCAGUGAGCAGUCUGCAGACAGGUGAUCAGUUGAGUUUAGCUGGAGUGAGGAGCAGGAGCCCCAGGAACAGGGGUGUUAGCUGAGCCCCACUCUAGGUCAGGUCCUCCCCCUUUACAGGGCAGCCGAGGGUCAGAUUUUUGCACCAGGGAGAACUGGCAGGUUCCUGCCUCUUGAUGUACCUCACACUCAGCGGGGAAGUCGAUGGGGUGCUGAGACCUAGGGAUGGGGAAAGAGCUCACAGUGAAAGCCCACCUUCACGGUCCCCCCAUUCUUUCUUACUGCUUCUGUCUUCCCCUAUCCUCCUUUAGUGUUCCCUAGUCCUUCUACCUAAGCUCUCCCCUACCAUACAAGAACUUUUUGGUUACGUAGCAGGAGUAUUUUCUUUUCUUUCUUUCUUUUUUUUUUUUUUUUUUUGUGGUACUGGGGAUCGAACUCAGGGUCUUGUGCUUGCAAGGCAAGCACUCUACCAGCUGAGCUAUCUCCCCAGCCCAGCAGGAGUAUUUUCUUUCUAGAUCCGCUUCCUCCUCCCUCGCUUUGUGGCUUGAAGCUUUAUCUUUCUCAUUUUCCUAAGUACCUUCAGCUCUGACCAGUCUCAUACUGCUCUUCUAUUUAUUCUUACCUCGCGGCAAUCUAGUCACUGCCUGGCCAUCCCUCAGUCAUUCACAUCAGAGGCAUUCCCUCUGGCCAUUCUUGGUUACUCACGUGUCACAGCAGCCCACACCGACAGGAUGCAGGCAGGUGCAAUGGAAACAGUCCUUUCGGAGCCAAGACUCACCCAAGGUGAAAUAUUUCCCCUCAUAGUGACAGGGGGCUAGGGAAAAAUGAGAAAUGUUAGUAGGUAUGGGAGUGGUGGGUAGCACUCGGUCUCUUCUCGUCUGAGGUUGGAGAGUCCGUGAGCCCCAUAUUUAAUCUUUCUUUUCUGUUUCACAGCUGAAAGGAAUCUAAGUAUUUUGAUUUAGGAUCAUCUCUACAGCCCUCAUCAUCACCCCCAAACCUGUUCCUUAUUCUUUGCUUUACUCAUGUCUCAUCCCACUUUACCUUGAGCUUGGAAGUAACACUUGCUGUGGACUCCUGGGUGCUGCAAGAGUAGAGACAUCACCAAGCAGAUGAUCCCCCAGCCUCCCAGGAUCCCCUUGGUCUGUCCAGCCCAGAGCAGCCUCAGGGCCAUUCUUGCAGCACAGCUCUCUUGGACCCUUCUUGGCCUCUUCUGUUCAGGAUACUUGUCCUCUUGGCUUUGCUUUGCUUCGCUCCUUGAGUCUUAGUUUUUCUCUUUUUCCCUGGACUCCUUUCUCACACCAUCUCCUUGCCCUCUGCUCUCCAGGCUGGGAUGUUUAUAAAGUGAGGACCCUGGUCCCCUGCUGAGUAGAGCUGGAAAGGCUGUAACUCUGUUUCCUGAGGUGAGGGCAUGAAAACAAGAGGUCCAGCUUUAACAAGCUGUGAGAGCUGAUUCAUGCCCCAGCACAGCUAGAGGGAGGGAGGUGGCCGUGGAAGGGGCACUGGACUGGGCAGUUCCCCAAGCAAGGAGGUGGGAGGGGUGAGGGCCCCAGGUGGUCCCCAGAUCUCCUCCCUGAACUGGAGAGAGGAAACAUUCCACCUUCCCCCACCCCACCCUCCACUACCACCACCAGGAGUGUGUGUGCUGGGAUCCUUGCCUGAACCGGAGGGAGGCAUUUCCUGGGGAUGGCUAAUCCUGUGCCUUCGCCAAACCAAGGAGCUGCAGCAGGGUGCAACAGCCAGAGACUCCAGGAGAGCAAACAGGCACCUGGAGUGGAGAGCCUGUUUCCUUCAGAUCUUGGGGCAGGUUUUCUUUGAUGCAUUCAAGAAACAGGGCUGCCCCUUAGAGAUGGCAGGGGUGAGGGGUGUUUUCUUUCCCCAGGCAUCCCAGAGAUGAACUAUCCAUUUUUUAUCACCCUCAAACAUAAAGCAGCUGCAAAAUUGCCUCAUGUCUGGGGAUACUUCUGUCCCCCUUUCAAACAGGAGUAUCUUCUGUAAGCACCCUAAACUUGAAUCACCUGUUUUACAGGGAUGCCCCAUCUUUCUUCAGGUUGGAAUGAGGCUUCAGGAAUUUAUCCUUUUGUACCUCCUUUGAGUGUCCAGCAGGUUCCAAAGGACUCUGAUGGGUGACUGAAAGUACAGGUUGUAGAGACAGGCUACUGGGAUUCAGAUCCUGACUCCACUUACUAGCUAUGUGACUUUGGGCAAGUUCCUUCAUCUCUCUCUCAGCCUAUUUCCUCAUCUAUAAGUCCGGGAUAGUAACACCACAUCAUAGAGUUGUUAUGCAGUCGUGUAGGGAAUGCUCUUAGCACUGUCUCUGGCACAUAGCUACUGUUUUGGUACUAAAGCUCACAGACAAAAUGGGUGACAUUCUUGUUUCUGAAUGACAUUGAGCAUCUCUGUGCAUAGCUGAGGGUGUCUGUUGAGGACUGCUCUCAUGGCCAACUUCUGUCCCUUUCAUACUCAUGCUCCAUGGCAUCCCUAUACCUCCUUCUAAAAUAUGCAUCCAGGAAUAUUUUGAUUUUGGUCCUAGUAUUGAAUUCCAAAUGUCUGGUUGAAAUACAAUGUUGCUGAUAAACCUGCUUUUUCUUCCUCUGAGUACUCUCAUAUCUACCCUCAGAAGAGGUAUCCUUUUUCAUUUCUUUCCAGCUAACUUUGGGGCUCCUGCUUUGUUUUAUUAGCAUUUGAUCCAUUUCUUCCCAUCCCCACUCAUGUGGCCGCUCAAUUUCGCCCUUCUGCCCACUUUAAUCUUAGCCUUUGGGUACUAAAGGCCCUGGUCAAACUGAUUUCUUUGACUUUUCCACACUUUGAAGGCCCAUGUUCCAGCUAUUCCCCUCCCACUCAUGGGGCUGAUCACUGCCAUUUUUUUCUUUCCUGUCUUUCUCUUCUCUCUCUCUUUUUUUUUUUUUUUUUUUUUUUUUACCAUUUUCCCUUCUAAAUCUCCCAUUUACUUCAAGACUUACUCUGUCACCUAUAGAUAGAACUACUUCUGGCAAACUUUUCCAGAGGACCACUCUGUCACCUCUUCAUUCAGAAAUGACUUUCAGUGUACUUCAAACUGCUAGCAGUCCUCUUCCAAGAUACUCUUUCCCCAGGGAAGUGCCAAGCAAAGAAAGGAAAACUCGAAAUUGCAGCAGGGUGCCCUGAGGUAGGCUGGUGUGGGGGAUACCAUGGCCUUGGACAGCUCACUAGGUUGGACCGAAUUAGAAGCCCUAUCUGGCACAAAGGCCCAGAAAUCUUGUCAGUGGUCAGUAUCUUUGCUUCUGUCUUUUUUUUUUU